AUGUAUGCACGUUACAUUCCACCGCCCAAGGCGUCCAAGCCCAAGCCAGAAGUCCCAACCUCCCCUGCGCCAGAGGCAGCCUCACCUGCCGUCUCUGCAGCGAUCCCGUACUCCAGAUAUGUUCCUCCACCACGGAAACAGUCGAGUGCGACCACAACAACCGCCCCGACCGUCGAAAGAUCUAUCCCAACGUCAAGGACACACCUGAAUGCUGCAGCCAUCCCGCCUCCAGAAGCCCUGCCACCCAAGAUUGUGUUCAACUACGACGACGACGACGAACCCUCGCCAUCUAAGAAGCGGAAGAUCGACAGUCCUGAGCCCGUCCCUGAGCCGGUCUCCGAGCCAGAGGAGGAGAAGAGGCCAAAGAAAGAAAAGAGGGAAAAGAAGAACAAGAAGAAGCACAAUGACACAAAGGUCGAAGAUGGAAGCGAGGAGGCCGAGCAAAAGCCUGACAAGAAGAAGAAAAAGAAGCAACGCGAUGAGCAACCGUUCUCAUUUGGCUUCGACGACAAUGCUGUUCCCACUCAGGACGGUCAUGACGACUUGCCUGUCGAUGUGGAGCAAAAAGAUACCAAAUCCAAAGAGAAGAAGAAGAAGACGAACAGGGCCGAGGCCGACGACGAAACUCUUCCAACCCAAACUGUAGAUGACAACAAUCAGGCUGCAGAGAGUAAAAAGAAGAAGAAAAAGAGGAAUGAAGAUGAGGUCGCUGCAGGACACAAGGCUGUCCUGGAAAGGGCCUCCAGGGAGCUGAGGAAGGUCGCUGAGAAGCCCAAGACUGAGGAUCUCUCAGAGGAUGACGAUGUGGAAGCGGUUGAGGCGCAUGGUCUCGAGCCACUGCCCCAGCCAAAACCCGUGAAGCAAGACACACUCAAGCCGACCUACGAGACAUUGCCACACUGGAUAGCGAACCCAAUACAAGUAGCAUCCACUGCCACAUCGCCUUUCACCGACCUGGGAAUCGCCGAAGACGCUGCCACAAGGCUCGAAUCAAAAGGUUUCAAGGAAGCAUUCGCGGUUCAGACGGCAGUCAUACCACUCCUUCUUCCGUCAGCCGAUCGUCAAGGGGACGUGGUUGUAUCAGCUGCGACAGGUUCCGGCAAGACCUUGGCCUACGCUCUCCCAAUGGUGCGGGAUAUUAGCCAAAGUAGCAGCAUUACCCGACUACGAGGCUUGAUCGUUGUGCCGACCCGUGAGCUGGUCAUGCAAGCAGAGGAGGUCUGCAAUGCUUGCUCUGGCGUCUUUGCCGGCCGGGGAAAGAAACCUGUCAGAGUCGGCAUCUCCAUGGGCAACAAGCAGUUCGAGCAGGAGCAGGCCGACCUGGUUGAGGAGGAAGAACGGUAUGAUCCUGAGGGUUACCAGAAGUAUUUGGACAGGAAGUUCGACGACAACUCUUGGCUCGAGGAUCUGACCAACCCGAGCGGACCGGCUCAUGAGCCUCUUCCUUAUCAUGUCAUCGACUACGUCUCGAAAGUCGACAUCCUUAUAUGUACACCCGGCCGUUUGGUCGACCACAUUAAGCGCACACCAGGCUUCACACUCGACUACGUACGCUGGCUCGUCGUCGAUGAAGCCGACAAGCUUCUCGCGCAAACGUUUCAGGAUUGGAUUCCCACCGUGAUGCCCCUACUCAGCACGAUAGACAAGCCCGGGGCCAGAGAAUUCCCUGACUCGAACAAGAGCGGCGUUCGCAAGGUGGUACUCAGUGCGACGAUGACCAGGGACUUGACGCUGCUCAACGGGUUGAAGCUGUCUCGGCCAAAACUUGUUGCUCUGAGCGACGCUGCUGCUCGUAGUGAAGCGGAGCACGUCUUGCCUCCGCAACUCGAAGAAACUGCCGUCAAGACCCGGAAUCUCGAUCUGAAGCCGCUGUAUCUGGUUGAUCUGCUCAAUAGCGAGCAUAUUCUUCCUGUGAAACCUAGUGAAGCCGAUGAUCUUGAGAUGCAGGAAGCUGAGGGAGAAUCUACGUCUCCCGCCGAAACGGAGUCGGAUGCCUCAAACUCGGAAUCAGACUCUGACUCCACCAGCAGCGAUGAAUCGGAUAGCGACUCUGAGGAUUCAGAAGCCGAGUCCACUGCCUCUCCUUCCAAGGGGCGUGUCGCAUCUUCGAGGGCUCCUCCCAAGCCCUUUAACACUACCGUGCUGAUAUUCGCCAACUCCAACGAAUCUGCAAUUCGUCUCGCGCGCCUACUCUCCCUUCUCUCCCCCCAUUUAUCUCCACUCAUCGGCACUCUGACCUCAACGACACGCACCUCAGAGCGCAGCAAGACCCUCCGCGCCUUCGCGGCCCGCAAGCUCCGCAUCCUCGUCGCGUCCAGCCUCAUCGAGCGCGGUAUCGACCUGACCAACCUGGACCACGUUAUCAGCUACGACAUGCCCAAGUCGGUGCAAUCCUACGUGCAUCGCGUGGGACGGACGGCCCGCGCGGGCAGGCAGGGUCAUGCGUGGACGUUCUUCAGCAAGACCGAGGCCGGCUGGUUCUGGACGGCCAUCGCUGGCAAGGGCGAGAGCAAAGCUGGAACUGCACAGGGAGAAAUUCGCAGGAGUAAGGGGGUCGGAGAGGUUAGGAUUAGCGAUAGAUGGGAUGAAGCCCGGCUGGAGGAGUUUAAUGCGGCGUUGGAGAGGUUGAGCGAGCUGCGCAGGUCGUCUAAGAAGAAGGUGGUUAAAGCCUAG